CAGGCAACCUUUACAUAUUCGAGUUUUUUACAAGUCAAGGCCGGGUAACGCAAGCAAUUACGAUAAUCUAAAGGAGUCUCAACUCUCUCCUCUCUCUUCUCUCUUUCCUCUUUCUCUCCUAUCUAUCUGCAUAUAUAUUUGCCAUUCGACACUCUCUAAGACACAAAAAAGGCGUCCAUCUUUAGAAAACAAGAAGAAAUGUUGUCCAAGAUUGCAAUCGGCAAUGGACAUGGUGAAAACUCUCCAUAUUUUGAUGGUUGGAAGGCAUAUGAAACUGAUCCAUAUCAUCCCACUAAGAAUCCCAAGGGAGUCAUCCAGAUGGGUUUAGCCGAAAAUCUGCUUUGUUUUGAUUUAGUUCAAGAAUGGGUCUUAAGCAACCCAGGAGCCUCUAUCUGCACUGCGGAAGGUGUAAGUGAUUUCAGAGAUAUCGCUAUCUUUCAGGAUUAUCACGGCUUGCCAGAGUUCAGAAAUGCUGUUGCAAAUUUUAUGGCAAGAGUGAGAGGGAAUAGAGUCAAAUACGAACCUGAUCGAAUUGUUAUGAGCGGUGGAGCAACCGGAGCACAUGAGACGGUUGCCUUUUGUUUGGCUGAUCCCGGGGAAGCAUUUUUGGUGCCCACUCCUUACUAUCCAGGAUUUGAUCGAGAUUUGAGAUGGAGAACAGGAGUUCAACUUUUUCCAGUUGUGUGUGACAGUUCUAACAAUUUCGAGAUUACAAGAGAAGCCGUGGAAGCAGCAUAUGAAAAAGCUCAAGAAGACCACAUCAGAAUCAAGGGUUUGCUCCUCACCAAUCCAUCGAACCCGCUAGGGACUUGUUUAGACAGAGAAACACUAAGAAGUUUAGUAAGCUUCAUUAAUGAAAAGAACAUCCACUUAGUCUGCGACGAGAUUUAUGCUGCCACAGUCUUCAUGGGCCAGCCCGAUUUCAUUAGCAUCUCUGAAAUUAUAGAAGAAGAUAUUCACUGCAAUCGCAAUCUCAUCCACCUCGUUUACAGUCUUUCAAAGGAUCUGGGGUUCCCAGGCUUUAGAGUCGGCAUUAUAUACUCAUACAACGAUACAGUUGUGAGUUGCGCCCGCAAAAUGUCAAGCUUUGGACUUGUAUCAUCACAAACUCAACAUUUAAUCGCUUCAAUGUUAUCAGAUGAUGAAUUUGUGGAUAGGUUCAUUACUGAGAGUGCUGAAAGGCUUGCAAAAAGGCACAGAGCCUUCACAUGGGGGCUAUUUCAAGUAGGCAUUGGUUGUUUGAAGAGCAAUGCGGGGCUAUUUUUCUGGAUGGAUUUGCAUCAUCUCCUCAAGGAGCAAACUUAUGACGCAGAGAUAGAACUGUGGAAAGUGAUAAUCAACGAAGUUAAAUUAAAUGUUUCUCCGGGUUCUUCCUUUCAUUGCGCUAAUCCAGGAUGGUUUCGGGUUUGUUUUGCCAACAUGGAUGAUGAAACCACGGAAGUUGCUUUAGCAAGAAUCAGAAGUUUUAUGCGUAAGAAUAAGGAAGCGAAGAUGCCUGCGAAGAAAUUGUGCGGGCAAAGAAGUCUCAGACUUAGCACUUCAUUCAGGAGAUUGGAUGAUAUCAUGAACUCGCCAUGCAUGUCUCCUAAUUCACCUCUUGUUCGAACCAGAACUUAAUCAAUUAGGUGCAAUAAUCUCUGCACCAAGCUCAUAAUUGCACCUAAUUGAUUAAGUUCUGGUUCGAACAAGAGGUGAAUUAGGAGACUGCACCAAGCUCAUAAUAUACCGUCAAGUGUAAAGAUUUAUGAUUGACGCAUUUAUUUUGUUCAUAAUUCCAAUUUCAAUAAAUCUAUGUGUACCUUGUUUUAAGUAUUCAAUUGGGUAUCUAAAUGAUAUAUCAUUGAAUUAUAUGGUGGUAUAUCAUCUAAACACUCAAUUAAAAACAUGGUAUACAUAGCAUUAUUCUUCCAAUUUUUAUGGACCUAAGAGAAAUUCCAUAUGCGUUCUAUGUAAUCAGUAUUGUAACCUUUAUGAUGUAGGCUAUGCAUCAUAUGGGAUUGUUUUUUUUCUGGUUCACGCUUACUUCCUAGGUCCAAUGUCGUUUGUUGAAUGUAUUUCAAUUUUUUUUUUUUCUCACAAGGGAAAAUGUAAGUGAUCGACCAAAGUAAAUUGUUUGUAAGUUGAUAUUGGGACAUAGUAUUCAGUCAGUUUUUACUCUUUUUACAUUCAA